AAAGAUUCGCUCCCGAUUGUGAUAUGGAUAAUCCCACUGAGCGGCCGCGUUUGGUACAGAGGGCACAACCGCUCGCCCGCCCGCCCGCCCUUUUUGUGCGAGCCCAGAGACUGAGCGGCUCACUGGGAUCAGAGCCGCUCAACAAGUGGCCGGGACGCGGAACGAGAUCGCGUUUCAUGCCGCGACGCCGAACACAACGAGCGGCGCGAACGCGCAACGCCAACAGCAGCAGCGGCGGCGCCAGUGCGGGUGGCUGAGAGGGCGGCCUGGCCAAGUCGCCCCAAUGGCCGUGGAGACGCGGGUGACGAGAGAGAGAUGGGGGGGGGGGGUCCGAGCGUCGCGCGCGAACGGAGGCAGCAGUCUCGUGCGGAGCGAGUGGGCGUGACUGAUGACCGUAGAGGAGGCAGCGAGUGCCGUGCACAAUAACGUCGCGCUGCAUUCCUGCUCCGCUAACCGAGCCAUGCAGCAGCAGCACCACCAUCAUCCAGGCGAAUCUUACGCGAGAGACGAACAGAAACCGACAACAGCAGCGGCACGCGCAGUGUCUGUAGGGGAUGGACACGCGUCGCUCGUGCACGGCCCGCAGGUGAAGCAGAGAUGCCAGCAGCAGCAGCAGGGAGAGAGGCUGUCCCAGCCGUGCCACGGGAUCACGCUCGAGAAGAAGAGACAAAUUAUCUCGCUGCUGCCCGACACCGCCUGGGUAGCGUCGUCGGUCGUGGACAAACACAAGAGGCUCUCGCAGAGACUGUGCCGGGAGAAAGAGCAGAGGUGGGAGUCACCAAGCGACGUUGCGCCCCACGCCUCUCCGCCUGACACUGGAGCGAGGACUCGGAGAGAAGACCCGGAGGCGAAGUCCGCGAAGAGCGGCACCUCGAGAUGCGCGCCCGGCGAAACGCUUUCGGACAAAGAGAACGACGCGCUGCUCUCGGCCGCAGCGGUCGGGCGACGCGGGAGGGCGUGGGAGGGGAGCGGCGCUGGCUCCGUUCCAACUGGCGACCAAAUUAACGUCGGCAAACGCUCCAAAGUGCCCUUCAACGUCUUGACAAGUCAACAAGAGGCUUUUAAUGGUCCCAGAGAAACGGUUUCCAUGGUAUGCCCGGGCAAUGCAUUCCCGUCGACUCCGCACAGCUGCGGUGCGAGGGACCGCUUGCUCACCUCGCCGGCGAAGCCGGAUCCCGCGGACGGCUCCCUGCACGAGCUGUCGAGCAGUCUGCCCAUGCCCGAGCCCAGCGGAGGCAGCCCUCUGCUGUCCCGUCACCGCGUCCGAUCGCGCUCCGUCAGCCUGCCUCUCAAGGCCGACAGCAAAGUUCAGGAUCUGCCGAGCUUCGCCGGCCGCCAGAACAGCCUCAACAUCCGCGAGUUUACCGUGGAGGACGGGAGGGCCAUUAGCCGCGCCGCAUCGACGUCGGGUCCCGCGCUGGACGAGGUGUACCGGGGGGAGCACGAGUUCCCGGGCGGGGCUGGCGGGAGCAAGGCGACGAGGAGGAGAGUGGAGGACGCGUGGCUCUGCCACUACGCGGCUCUUGACAAAGACGCGUUCGCCCAUUCAAGAGGCAGCGGUCCUGCGGCUGCCGAGGCUUCGUGCGGUCAAAAGGAUGCCGUGACAGUAGGACGAAACCCAUGGCUUCUACAGCGGGAGUAUGUUCGUGGGCCAGUUAGAUAUUUGCAAGGAACAUCACCGUUCGAAAGCCAUUUCCAGUCAAAAGUUCAAAGCACUCUGUUGAAUGUUACGAGCCAGCUCAAGCCCAAAGCUUCCACCCAGAAUUCCCACGCACUGAACAGGUCAUAUGAAGUGCAGACCCCUUCUCCGCUGUGGCAACAAUGUUCCAAACACGCCACAGACGCGGUGGCCUUUGUUCCACACGGAGCGGCUGAUCCUGCAGUGGAAUCGACAGAGCAGCGGGGCUGUGUAAGAAACGGAACGUUCCAGCGUGUGCUAUCCAUGGCGACCCCAGCCUGUAGGAGGGAGGAGAAAGGCGCUGCCCCUGAUGAGAGAGGCAUUCACAUCGUGGCAUUUAAGGAGAAACAGCGGCAGCUGAGGGAUUGGCAUGCCCUGCAUCACAAUCCCGUUGCAGACAAGCCAGUGCAGAAAUAUGAUCAAAAGGAUAGCAAGUUGCAAGAGCAAUGGGCUUUUCAAAAACUGAGUGGGUUCGCAGACAAUGGUUCAUUCUCCAAGCAGAAGAAUGAAAACGGAAAACAUUCAUCACCGCACUGCGCACACCUGAGCGAUCGCAGUGACGGGGCUGUCCGGUCGUGUUCGGCUGCUUCCCAGACCACGGGUGUCCUCCUCACAAGGAGCAGUUCAGUGUUGGGCCUCUUGAUGCGCAGCCACUGCAGAAGACCGAGGGCGACAGCGGCGGCCAACCUGCUCGACGUGCAGAAGAGAUCAAACAGAGUCUCCGCUGUCGUCAAGGGGUUCCUGACGCGCAGGCUCCUGCGCACGGAGAAGGUGCAGCGCCUUGUGCGCAUAAUCAAGGACACCAGACAGCUGGCACUGUCUAUUCAGGGAGACUCGAGUACAAAGUGUCUGGGACCGAGUGACUCGGCAUUCCGCACGAGACUCUUAAAACAGAUUCAAGGAGCUUUGGAUGAGAUUCACAACAUUUUCUUUGUGCUCUCACCGGGGCAAAGAAUGGUCAUUCUGAAAACAGAUAAAGAAGUGCAGCAAGCAAAGGGAUUACGGACAGCGGAAAAAGGGAUGGUCACACAUGGAACCAAGUCUGUGUCAAGCCGACCUCUGAAACUGAAGCUACACCAUACGUAAUGGGAUUUCCCAUUUCCCAUUGUGCCAUCGAGUUAAUUAACCUUAAAUAAUCUUAGAUCAAUUUCAUAUUUUUCUUAUCGUCAAUUUUUAGGACACUUUUAACAUGAAAUACACAUUAGCCUUGCUCUGCACGGGUUCUUUCGGCACGUAUUCUCAAAUACUCGUUUUUUUUACGACCAAAAAUUCGCAAAGCACGCGGUGCGGUCUGCAUCCACAUGGGUUGAGGAGCGGGGUUCGCACACCGUGCUAGUCCCACACUCUGCACGCAAUUCACACUCCUCUCCACGUGGAUUCUGAGCAGCUGUGUACUGAUUUGGCUGUGCACAGGGAGCCGUUGAGUUCGGAAAAAACAACGCCACACGUUCCCGCACCUAACGAUGGACCAUGGAGGACUGCCUCACUUCUCCCUCCUUUAUCUGGAAAAGUUUCAGUUCAUGAAAAAUUAUGCCUGAACAAGAUUUGUAGUGCAGUCUGCUCUCGUUACUGGUAUACUUUUUGGGCUUUUUGACCAUAUUUAAGUGAGGAGAGAUCAAUGCAACAAAAGAUUAGCCGAAACGCUUUCGAGAUAAUGGAAGAAAUGAAGCAGCUCUCCGCAGUCCAUUGUUGAGUACGGGAGCACGUGGCAUUGUACCCCUGUUAUAUAGCUACCUGUAUUGGUGAAUACACAACUCAUGUAUAGAUUCAUGUUAUUUUACGUUGCAUAAUUAUACAGUAUUUCAUUCCUUGUUUGAAUGUUGUAUGUGCAUUAGUGAGUUACAAGUGAGAACGUGGAAUCUUGGAGGAGUCUGGAACAUAACACCUUGUCCACUACUCUGUAAAACUGGGUCCACUGCACUGCAUUGCUCUGCACGGACUUUUGCUCAGAACGCAUCCCUCGUGCAGAGCGCGGGUUACGUGUGUUAAAAUGACACAAGCUUAUAGUUACCAUAGACACGUGCAGAAAUAAUGUUGCAUCAAGGUCAAUUGUCACCUAUUUAUCACUAUUACUAACAACAUGUAUUGAAAAGGGCAACAUGUUUUUAUUUUUAUUAUUUGGGUCUUUCGGUAAAGUCAUGUAGAUAGAACAAUAAAAUAAUACAAAUUAAUACUCUUAGGUUUUUUCGGUAAAGUCACGUAGGUAAAACAUUUGAAAUUAAUAAAAGUAAAGUAAAACAAAUUAAAAAAUUCACGACGUUUCGGAAGCAACACAAGCCUCCGUCUUCAGGUGGAACCGUCACAGACAACUAUUACAGGUCAUUGAUAGACAGCCAGUUUGUUGUUUCACCAGUUUUAGUUUUUUACUUGCUUUUCUUUUUUCACACUUUUGUCAUGUUUGCCAUGUGUUAGUUACAAACCGCCCCUCUCCAUAACAAAGGCUCAGUCCUUUGUUAUGCAGUCUACUCUUGGUCUUAAGCCUCACCUUAGCAUAUUAAUAAAAAAGUGUGCCGUUCCUGGCCCUUCCCCCCUCAACCAUUAUAUAUACGGGGUAGUUUUUCUUGUGAUCUCUCAUUUACUUGAUACAGCUGUCGUGGCUGUGACGGUUCCACCUGAAGACGGAGGCUUGUGUUGCUUCCGAAACGUCGUGAAUUUUUUUAUUUGUUUUAUUUUACUUUUAUUAAUUCAAAAAAAUUUACCCACGUGACUUUACCGAAAAAACCUAAGAGUAUGAAUCCUUGCAGUCAAAUCUAGAAUACAAAUUAAAUAAAGUGAAAAUAAAGUGAAUAAAAAUAAUAAAAUUAUCACGACGUUUUGAUCGCAACACAAGCAAUCGUCAUCACCUGAUGACGAUCACCUGAUGACGAUUGCAAUCUGAUGACGAUCACCUGAUGACGAUUGCAAUCUGAUGACGAUCACCUGAUGCCGAUUGCUUGUGUUGCGAUCGAAACGUCGUGAUCAUUUUCUUCUUUUAUUCACUUUAUUUUCAUUUUUAUUAUUUUAUUGUUAUAUCUACGUGACUUUACCGAAAGACCCAAAGAAUAUGAUUUCGUGCAGUAACGAAAUCUUUAAGUCAAGAUGUUUUUUUUGUACUGUAUUAUUUUUUUGCGAACAAUUUAGUAAGUUAUAUUUGAAGCCAGCAUAACAUUACAAACUCUUAUCAUAUAACUGCAGCUGGAAUAACCAAAACGUUUCGCGCUAAGUACAUGUAGUCAGGAAGUGGUCAACUGUAAUCCAGCAUUGUGGAGGCAGUGAGGGUUGGUGGAUUACACGAAGGUUGUAAAACUCCCUUUCCGUGGGUGUCGAAAACCCAUAACCCUGACUUGCCAGAAGGCAGGACUGAAAAAUGUGGACCCCACCUAUUCCGUCUGUAUGGGAUAGAGUCUUGCCCCCUUGCACGCGUACGUUUUCUCCGGGUGCUGCGGUUAUAUUCCACAGAUGUAAACACUCAUUGAUUGGCUAAAAACACCUGAACAGGGCCACAAAGCUCGGGGAAAUAUUGGUGGUGCCGGCUCUCUGUGGCUCCUCGCGCCUCUGUGGGUCUGUUGUUCUCUGAGAGUGAGUACAUACUGUGCGGCACGUUAGAACUUCAAAUUAUAUACUAUGUAACACGAUUUUAUGUGAAGGAAUGACACAAAUGCACACGUUUUCUCAUUUAAAAUAGGUACAUUUUAAAAUAUCACUGUCCUGGUCACGAAAGUUUGUGGGGAAUAAUACCCAUUUUCUGUAAUUUUGAGGCAAAGGCAAUUAGGAAAUAACACUACCCAGGAACAAAAUUGUUUUUGUUACACAGUGUUAUCUUUAUUAUUACGACCCCUGCUGGCCAAUGCCGUCCAUAACACUCCAGAUGACGGCGAUGUUCAUGUCUGCUGCAAUAUUAUUUGCACAGAUCACAUUAAAAAGAGGGUACAGGUGUGUAUACACUUUUUAAUUGUCUGUAAAAAAAUUAAAAUAACGCUUUUGAAACUUAUUUAUUUAUGCUAAGUAUAAUUACUUAGCAAAUUGUAUUAUAGCUUUCUCUGUCGAGUAGCACGUUAUUUUAACAUUUAACACAAUUGUUGAAAGACUUUAAGCGACAAGAAUGAUGCUGAUAUCUUUAACGUGUAUGUAUUGUACAUUAAGCAAUUUACAUUGUAGAGUGCAUAUCUUUGUAAGCAUUGUUAGCUGACAAGUUUAGCCAUUUUAAAAA